AUGGCGAGCGUCCUCGGCCCGCGGUGGCCCCGGCGCCCGGCCCAGGGCGGCAGCGGCGGUGGCGGCGGGGGGCUCCUCUUCGUGAUGCUCUGCGCCUGGGCCGGCCUGCCCCGGAGCGGCCAGCAAGUGCUGCGGAUCGGAGGGAUAUUCGAAACUGUGGAAAAUGAACCUGUUAAUAUUGAAGAAUUGGCUUUCAAGUUUGCCGUCACCAACAUUAAUAGAAACAGAACACUGAUGCCUAAUACCACAUUAACCUAUGACAUCCAGAGAAUUAACCUUUUUGAUAGUUUUGAAGCCUCAAGAAGAGCAUGUGACCAGCUUGCCCUUGGUGUAGCUGCUCUGUUUGGACCUUCCCACAGCUCCUCCGUUAGUGCAGUGCAGUCCAUUUGCAAUGCACUUGAGGUCCCACAUAUUCAGACCCGAUGGAAGCACCCUACAGUGGAUAAUAAAGAUGCAUUUUAUAUCAACCUCUAUCCAGACUAUGCAGCCAUCAGCAGAGCAGUUUUGGAUCUUGUACUAUACUACAAAUGGAAAAUAGUGACAGUAGUCUACGAAGACAGCACAGGUCUGAUUCGCCUGCAAGAGCUCAUCAAAGCUCCUUCUAGAUACAACAUUAAAAUCAAAAUCCGCCAACUGCCCUCUGGGAAUAAAGAUGCCAGGCCUUUACUCAAGGAGAUGAAGAAAGGCAAGGAGUUCUAUGUGAUAUUCGAUUGCUCACAUGAAACAGCAGCAGAAAUCCUCAAGCAGAUUCUUUCUAUGGGGAUGAUGACUGAAUACUACCACUACUUUUUUACAACACUGGAUCUAUUUGCAUUAGACCUGGAACCCUACAGAUACAGUGGAGUGAAUAUGACAGGGUUUCGCCUGCUCAACAUCGAGAACCCUCAGGUUUCAUCAGUCAUUGAGAAAUGGUCCAUGGAGCGUCUGCAGGCACCACCAAAACCAGAGACUGGGCUCCUCGAUGGCAUGAUGACAACUGAAGCAGCUCUGAUGUAUGAUGCUGUUUACAUGGUAGCAGUGGCCUCCCAGCGUGCCUCCCAAAUGACUGUCAGCUCCCUGCAGUGCCACAGACACAAGCCGUGGCGUUUUGGACCCAGAUUUAUGAACCUGAUAAAAGAGGCACGGUGGGAUGGCCUGACAGGACGCAUAACCUUCAACAAAACCGAUGGCUUACGGAAGGAUUUUGAUUUGGACAUUAUUAGCCUCAAGGAAGAAGGAACAGAAAAGAUUGGGGUUUGGAACUCAUACAGUGGCCUUAACAUGACGGACAGCAACAAGGACCGAUCAACCAACAUCACCGAUUCCUUGGCCAACCGGACCCUUAUCGUUACCACCAUCCUGGAAGAUCCUUAUGUUAUGUACAAGAAAUCUGACAAGCCCUUAUAUGGAAAUGACAGAUUUGAAGGUUAUUGUCUGGACUUACUGAAGGAGCUGUCAAAUAUUUUAGGCUUCAUCUAUGAGGUCAAACUAGUUUCUGAUGGUAAAUAUGGAGCCCAGAAUGACAAAGGAGAAUGGAAUGGGAUGGUCAAAGAACUCAUAGAUCAUAAAGCUGAUCUGGCAGUUGCUCCUCUCACUAUUACCUAUGUAAGAGAGAAAGUAAUCGAUUUUUCCAAGCCCUUCAUGACGCUGGGAAUCAGUAUCUUGUACCGGAAGCCCAAUGGGACAAACCCUGGUGUUUUCUCCUUUUUAAACCCUCUUUCUCCCGAUAUUUGGAUGUAUGUUCUCCUAGCCUGCCUUGGAGUCAGUUGUGUCCUCUUUGUCAUUGCAAGGUUUACACCAUAUGAGUGGUAUAACCCCCACCCGUGCAACCCAGACUCAGAUGUGGUGGAAAACAAUUUUACUUUACUAAAUAGUUUCUGGUUUGGAGUUGGAGCUCUCAUGCAGCAAGGAUCAGAGCUGAUGCCCAAAGCUCUUUCUACCCGAAUAGUUGGAGGAAUAUGGUGGUUUUUCACCUUAAUCAUAAUCUCAUCCUAUACUGCCAACCUGGCUGCCUUCCUGACCGUGGAGAGGAUGGAAUCCCCCAUCGAUUCAGCAGACGAUUUGGCAAAGCAAACCAAGAUAGAAUACGGGGCUGUUAGAGAUGGAUCCACGAUGACCUUCUUCAAGAAAUCCAAAAUAUCAACAUAUGAGAAGAUGUGGGCAUUCAUGAGCAGCAGGCAGACAGCACUGAUGAAGAACAACGAUGAGGGAAUCCAACGUGUGUUGACAACAGACUACGCCCUGCUGAUGGAGUCAACCAGCAUUGAGUACGUGACCCAGAGAAACUGCAACCUCACCCAGAUCGGGGGGCUCAUCGAUUCCAAAGGCUACGGCGUGGGAACCCCGAUUGGGUCCCCUUACAGAGACAAGAUCACCAUUGCCAUCCUCCAGCUCCAGGAGGAGGGAAAGCUGCACAUGAUGAAGGAAAAGUGGUGGCGAGGCAAUGGCUGCCCCGAGGAGGACAGCAAGGAAGCCAGCGCUCUCGGGGUGGAAAACAUUGGGGGCAUCUUCAUUGUGCUUGCUGCAGGGCUUGUUCUUUCAGUGUUUGUAGCCAUUGGUGAAUUUAUAUAUAAAUCAAGGAAAAACAGCGAUAUUGAGCAGGCCUUUUGUUUCUUUUAUGGACUACAAUGUAAGCAAACCCAUCCGUCCAAUUCCACCUCUGGCACCACCUUAUCUACGGAGUUAGACUGUGGCAAGUUAAUCCGAGAGGAGCGAGGGAUUCGAACACAGCCCUCAAUCCACACUGUGUAGUCAGGAAGGAAAAGUGUCUUUCUUUCAAUGCGAUAAUGGAGGAGCUUGGAAUUUCACUCAAACAUCAGAAGAAGUUAAAGAAAAGGUCAAGAACAAAGGGGAAAUCUUCAUUCACAAGUAUCCUUACUUGUCACCAGAGGCGGCCACCGAGGAAGGAAACCAUAGCGUGAGCAAGAGAGACCCUUUUGAGGAAAUAUCAGGAACAACAAAAAAACCCCAACAAAACAAAAACAUUGCUGCCUCCAAGUUGGUUGUGGCAGGAUUUCUGAAAUACAGACGUUUACCUUGUUCUUCAGAAAUUCUCUGUGGUUUCUCUUUUUUUAACCUAGAGGUACAACAGUUUAAAUGCUCACAUAGACUGAUGUACUACUAACCAUCUGGGAAGUGUCUCACUAUUUCUUUUGAGAUGGAUUUGUAUGCUCACCUGUUUUGCAUCUCUCUUCCCCUCC